AAAAAAAAAACUAGAUUAACAACUUUUACUGUUUUAAAGUAAAUCUCAGAGACAACCAAUAAUAACAGCCCUAUUUAAAAUUCAAAAAAAUAAAAAUAAAAAAUUUGUUACGCAACUUCGCCAUCCAGUUCAUUAUAGCAACUGCGAUUGAAGUGAUUGCGGCAGGGGAUUUGGUGGGCUGAAAUGGAAGCUCACGGGUCGGGGCUGCGGCGCGUGUUGGUGUUCGGCUUCUGUGUCGUCGGAAUUUGGGCUGCGUAUAUUUACCAAGGCGUUCUUCAGGAGACUCUGUCCACGAAGCGAUUCGGGCGAGAUGGACAUAGGUUCGAACACCUUGCAGUCUUGAACUUGGCUCAGAAUGUGGUCUGUCUAAUCUGGUCGUAUAUAAUGAUAAAGCUUUGUUCUAGCAGCAAUACUGGAGGCGCUCCUAUGUGGACGUUCUGGAGUGCAGGGAUUACUAAUACGAUUGGACCCGCUAUGGGGAUCGAAGCGUUGAAGUACAUCAGUUACCCGGCUCAGGUCUUGGCAAAGUCCUCAAAAAUGAUUCCAGUGAUGCUGAUGGGUACUCUAGUCUACGGCAAAAGAUACAGCUUUCCUGAAUAUGUUUGUACUCUUCUUGUCGCCGGAGGAGUAUCCAUAUUUGCACUCUUGAAGACUAGUUCAAAGACUAUUAGCAAGUUGGCACACCCAAAUGCGCCUCUUGGAUAUGGACUAUGUUUCCUCAACCUCGCUUUUGAUGGAUUCACAAAUGCUACCCAGGACUCAAUAACUGCGAGGUAUCCAAAGACGAGCGCUUGGGACAUAAUGUUAGGCAUGAAUUUGUGGGGUACCAUAUACAACAUGAUCUACAUGUUUGGCUGGCCUCGUGGCAGCGGAUUUGAGGCAGUACAAUUCUGCAAGCAGCAUCCAGAAGCGGCUUGGGACAUUUUUCGCUAUUGUCUGUGUGGUGCUGUUGGACAGAACUUCAUUUUCCUAACCAUAAGUCGAUUUGGUUCCUUAGCUAACACCACCAUUACCACAACCCGCAAGUUUGUAAGCAUCGUGGUGUCUUCGGUGCUGAGCGGCAAUCUGUCAACGAAGCAAUGGGGAUCAGUUGUCAUGGUAUUUUCCGGGCUGUCGUAUCAUAUACACCACAAGUGGAGGAAAUUGCAGAGAGCUCCACAAAAGAGAAAGCCAAUGUAACCACAAUUAAUUUUCAACUUAUAUUCAAACGCCUUGCAACUUUUGUAAUGUAAUUGAAUAGACCCUUCACAUCUAUAGAUAACCCACGAUUUUUCCUCA